CCAGCCGCCACCGCUCUCAACCACUCUCUCGUUUCGUCUGUUGCCUCGUUGCUAUCAACAUGUCUACAGCGCAUAGGCCGACAUGGGACCCAGCGCAGGCCCGCGAUGUCAAAGGCGGCUCGCGACAGUUCUCGGUGCGGGACAUGGCGUCGCAUACCAAGCUCAAAUUCCGACAGCCUGGACAAACAUCGACGUCUGACGUUGUGAAACGCGACCUGCGAGCCGAACUUCUUGCUGCUGAGGCAGAGGCGCGUGACAAGAAGCGCAAGGCGCAGGGGCUACCCCCGCUUGGUAUCGAAGGCGCGCAGGCUGGAGCAAAGAGGCCUCUGGAGAUAGAGGGAGGUGGUGUGAAUGGCGCAGAGGAUGAGGAGGCGGCAAAGCGAAGGAAGCUGUUGCAGGAGGCGCUUGAGAUGGACAAAGACGAUGAUGACGACGAAGACGAGGGCACGAAGUCCAAGACCGGUGAUGACGAAGAAGAUGACAAUGAUGACGACGACGACGAUGACGAAGAGGAGGACGAUACCGCCGAGCUUUUACGAGAGUUGGAGAAGAUCAAGCGGGAGCGAGCAGCAGAGAAAGCGCGACAGGAAGCGGAGCAAAAUGAGAAGACGGCUGCGGAGAGGGAGGCUGAAAUAGCGACCGCAAAUCCCCUUCUGAACCUCGCUGCCGCUCUUGGCACGCAGCCGACCGGCGUGAAUACCACAGUACCCGGGACGUUUGCGGUGAAACGGAGAUGGGAUGACGAUCUUAUCUUCAAGAAUCAGGCGGUCGAGCAGAAGGAUAAAAGCGGGCACUUUGUCAACGACCUCCUCCGGACAGAAUUUCACAAGAAGUUCAUGGCGAAGUUUAUUAAGUAACGUUGUGUAUUAUUGCUACCGUAUGCGCAUAUACACCCGGUGUUCUAG